UUAGUCACAGCCAAGCAGAUUGUGUAAAGAGAUACUCUGCUCUUUCCUACAGCUGGUAAUAUCACAUUUUCACAAUUCUCCAUUGAACUAUUAAUUGGAGGAAUUGAGUCCCAACUGAGUUUAAAGAACAAGCAAACAAACAGCACCUAUCAGCCUGGUCUGUGUGCUGAGUGUGAGAACGGAGCCGCUGUGCACUGCGUUCCCAGUCUGCAAACACAGUCCCUGCAUGUAGAGUCAGGGACAAAAACAAGAGGAACAGAAGGAGAAAGGGACAAGCUGGGCCUUUGUUAACAUUGUACUCAGCACCUUUAGAAAACCAACUGUACAUUGGAUUGGGCCCAGCCCCAUUGGAAGGACUCAAAGUAGGUGCAGCUCGUGCCCCACUGACACUGAGGAUAGUCCCUGAGCAAAGUCUGCAGCUGCAUUUGCAAGUGUCUCAACACACAAUGCUUGGCUCAAGUAGACUGCUGCUGCUGUAUGCCAGCUGUCUGCUACUCGCCCACGUCCUCAGCUCAGAUACUGUGAAGACUUCUAAAAACAGAAAAAAAAGUCACACCAAAGGAAAGGAGGACAGAGCCCAUGGGAAGACCUCCCCAGAUCCUGUGCUUGGAGUCAACUCUUUUGCUCCUUCUCCGUAUUAUAGUUUGGUGGAGGAAUAUGAGCAAAGCUUAAUGGAGAUGGUUCAUCAGCUAAGAAAUGGUUCAGAGCCCUCUGGUGGCCGAUGUGAAGUAAACCUGAGGCUCUGGCUUUCUAACAGGAGAAGCCUUUCCCCCUGGACGUACAGUGUAAACCAUGAUGAGAACCGCAUCCCAGCUGACAUACCAGAAGCUCGGUGUUUGUGCAGCGGUUGUAUCAACCCAUUCACCAUGCAGGAGGACCUAAGCAUGUCCAGUAUUCCCAUCUUCAGCAAGAUCCCUGUGCGCAGGAGGCUGUGUGAGAGCAGCUCCCUGGGACUUAGGGGUCGGCGGAGGAAGAAGUGUCACAAAGAGUACAUAGCGGUCAUGGAGAACAUAGCAGUGGGUUGUACUUGUAUCUUCUGAAAACAUCAACCCUGUCUGAUCCUCACAUCUUCAUUCCCAAAAUAAUAAUAUUGCAAAAUGAAGCCAAAGCAUGUGCACUUACACAUCAUCAUCUACAUGGACAUGUGAGAUCAGCAAAAACGCUGGGAGCAGGAUUGAAAUGGGAAAAUACUACAUAGUAAAUGUUACUGGCACACACCUAUACAGUGAAAUUAGAACGGAAACCAUCUUAAAAUGAUGGCUCAUAAAUAGGUUACCGCCAUGGCUUAUCUUGUCCAGAUACAGUUUCUAUUAUGUUUUACUAUAUAUUUUGCGCAUAAAAAACCCCAGAAAGAAAUAGUAUAUUGUAAUAAAUGGAAUUUUGUCAGAA